UCUUUAGUUGUGGUGUGGCAUCCACCACGUACCGUCGUACUACUGGUCGGUGCACAGAUUUUCUAUCUUACUCCCAAAAGCUUAAAUAAACACACAUUUACUCUUUAACAAACACUCUUAAAUUCCCACGCAUUUUCAUUUCCCCUUCAUACCAAUUUCUCAUUAUGCACUCCUUCGCCGGCGGCUGGCCUGCCGUCGCCACCGCCAAACCCCUCUGCUACUCCUGCAAGUCUGCACCCGCUGCCCUCUUCUGCCGCCACGACGCCGCUUUCCUCUGCCUUCGCUGCGACGACCAAAUCCACUCCCACACCACCGGCACGCGCCACCCACGUGUCUGGCUCUGCGAGGUCUGCGAGCAAGCUCCUGCUACCAUCACCUGCAAUGCCGACGCCGCCGCUCUCUGUCCCUCUUGCGAUGCCGACAUCCACUCUGUUAACCCCCUUGCUCGCCGCCACGAUCGCUCUGCUAUCCAACCCUUCUACGACUCACCCCCCUCCGCCUCCGUUGCCUCUGUCUUCAAAUUCCUCCUCCCGACUCAACACCAACACGACGUCGGACACCCUGAUUUGAAAUCAGAGGACAUCUUCUUCUCCGAUAUGGAUUCUUUGAUCGAUUUCGAUUACCCAACUGCCGGCGACGGAGUUGUGCCUGAUCAAUCCAAUCCCGGAACAGAGUCCACUACGCAACCCGCCGAUUACUCCACCGGAAACUUCUGCGGUUUCGAGCUCUGUAGUACUCGAUCUAAACUCGACACCAUUAGCUACCCAUCUCAUAAUCUUAGCCAUAGCGUCUCGUCGUCUUCCUUAGACGUGGUUGCUGUGCCAGAUCGGAACACGGCCUCCGACGCGUCGUAUCCAGCGGGACAAACAGCACUUCCUACGACGGAGAAGGUGGUCCAAUUACGGGGAAUGGAUCGGGAGGCGAGGGUGUUGAGGUACAGAGAGAAGAAGAAAAAUCGGAAAUUUGAGAAGACGAUUCGGUACGCUUCAAGGAAAGCUUAUGCGGAAAUCCGGCCAAGGGUUAAAGGGCGGUUCGUUAAACGGAGUGAAAUGAAGUCGGAAAUGGAAAGAAUGUACGCCGGAGCCGGCGUGGGGUACAUGUCGAGGGACGGCCAAUACGGCGUCGUGCCAAGCCUUAUAGUUUGAGUGUUCGGAGUGGGGCCUGUGAGGGGAAUUUGAGAGAUCCUGUGUGUUGGUUUUUUAGCCUUCAGGAUCUGAUUUGGAAUAUAAUUCCCAUGUAAUUUCAAAUAAUUUUCAAUUCAAACUCCAACAAAAAUAAUUGUUUAAAGGAUAAA